AUGAGUAUCGGUAUUUUUGGACGGUCACUACCAACUGGUGCUGCAAUCAGUGGACCACCAGGACCACCUGGACGAGGAUUUCAAAUAACUGUUGAUGGACAGUAUGAUGUUGAGAACACGAGACUGUGUCAUGUGGGCAAACCUGCUGAAGACAGUGAUGUAGCAACUGUAAAAUUUACACGUGAUCUUGUGCACAAAGAGCUGUCUCUAUUGUAUAAUAGUAUGGCAAAUGAUCAAUCAGAGAUCAUUUCACACUUGCACUCUCAAGUGGUAACACUGGACUCUGCUGUUGCGCUUUUAAAAAAAGAAAAUCAAGAAUUAAAAAAUAUAAGAAAACGUAUAAAGUCACGAAAAGAAUUAAUUAGUAGAAAUACACAGCGAAUACAAGAAUUGGAAGCUAGAAUUUUUGUUGACAAUGGAGGACAAAAAAUCAGUAAUAGCUAUGCUUGGGCUGUGCCAAUUAAAAGUAAAAGUGGCAGUGAUUUUACUAGUGCAAUGAAAUCUAUUUUUCAACAAGGACGUGUAUCAAAAAUUCUGCAUGGUGAUCGAGGCAAAGAAUUUUAUGACAAAGAAUUUCAAGAACUUAUGAAACGUAAAAACAUCAACAUGUACUCAACAUUCAGCAACUUAAAGGCAUCAAUAUGUGAACGUUUUAAUCGAACACUUAAGACUAACAUGUGGCGUAAAUUCACCGCUCGUGGAAAUUAUAAGUGGACUGAAAUAUUGGAAGAUUUAGUUCACAAAUAUAAUACUAGAAAACAUCGUACUAUUCAACUGGAACCUAUUGAUGUAACUGCUAAAAAUGAAAUGCAGAUAUUAGAAAAAAUAUACAAACCUCUUCAAGCUCAGCGACAAGCACGAAAAAAUAAAUUUAAAGUUGGAGACAAAGUUCGAAUCAGCAAGUACAAACAUGUGUUUGAAAAAGGCGACACACCCAACUGGACCACUGAAAUUUUUACAAUCAAGACAGUGCAGAAUACAUAUCCAACAACAUACAAACUUGUAGACUAUCAGGAGAAGCCAAUUGAAGGUGGAUUUUAUGUUGAACAACUUAGCAAAGUCAAGCAUCCAGAUUGGCUCGGCUUCGACAGCUCUCACAACACCUGGAUUGAUAAAUCAGAUCUGUAA